AUGCUUGGAGACGAAUUAUUGGAAAGCUCAACUGAAAAAACUUCACAUCUUCUACAGGCACAACAACGUUUGCGACAAGGCAUUGUGACCCUUCUUACCUGUUUGCUUCGUGAGAGGAAGGUUCGAUGGGCAAUGCAAGAAAAAGAACUUAGAUCCUUAAUUUCCGACCACUUAUGUCUGGACUCAAAGACGAGUUAUGGUGUUUUUACUGAAAACUACGUGGUUCGUGAACUUUUUUCCCGUGGGGUUAUUAUUGCUCUUCCUAACGCCAUUAUUGAACCCAAGUAUUUGCCACGUCUCGGUGAUUCUAAACCGCUUCCACACGAUGGAGUUGUCGUAUUGGAUCCGAACAACCUACUUGUGAAUUACUCGUUAUUCAUGUGCCCAAACUCUCUAACAAGGGUGCCAAAUGGAACGCCUUUCCUCAAAGAUCGCGAAGUUAUGUUCUUUGAUUACUCUGCGUUAAGCCGUUGCCAGACCACAUGGGGUCAGGGUAUCGUGACAGGUGAUGUUACUCAGAUCGUCAACGCAAAGUUGCUGCCACAGGUGGGUAAUGACUUAAAAACUGUACAAGAGUUAUUUUGUGUCAUGGGCUUGGGAUUGCCUCUGGGAGCCGAAGUUGCCGUGAUUUCCCCAUCUCAUUUCUCGGUGCGCAUGUCUGAUUGUUUGAUUUACUAUCUAUCGUACAUGAUCUCUUGCAAUGGAGACGGUGUUGCAAGACAAUAUAAACUCAAUGCAAAUCCACCGACUCUUUUUUCGUCUCUCCAAACGAGGCUGGUUCCCUUUUCACAUUUACCUUCGAAGGAUCCACGACACUUGGUUAUGAACUGGGUAGACGCGUCCUUUUUGGUAUUCGGGAAAAGCCGUUUGAAGUAUGGUGCUUUUGGUUCCAAAGGAGUGAGGGAUGCUACGACAAAAACAGAUAUUCCUCUUCGCGGCAUUAUGAAACAAGAAGGUCAAUACCUGUACAUUUGUAUAACUGGGCGCCACACCAAUAGCGAGGAGGCGAUUGCUGCAUCUGCCGCAGUUAUGGAUGCUGUGCACUACGAGUUAACUUCUCUGUGCAAGCGGAAUUUCCGUGGUGUGAGGGUAAAAUAUCAGGAGGUUUUGCUUACUGGAGCCUCUUUAAAGAGAGAAAGCUUUGUGACUGGGCAGGCAACCAUUUUGGGUCGCUACAGAGCUGAACCCAAGGUCAUUGCGGCGCAGAAGCAGAUCACACAAAAUCUCAGUGAUCCGAAGGCAAAUGAGAUUGAGGAUGCCAUAAUUAACUUGCCUUUAAAGCUGAGAGAAAAAGUGGAAUGA